AUGGGGAGGAGACCUUUAUUUGAUGAUCUCAAAGGUCUGGCUGUCCCUCCAACUCUGCUCCAGCCUCCUCUACCUCUCUCCUUGCCGGUCCACAUGUCGGUCAUCCCUCCUACCUGGCAGUUCCUCCCUCUGUCCCAGGCACAGCUGGGCCCUCUCUUCUCCAACUCCACCCCCUUCUCCUCCUCCCAGAGCAUUUUCAUGGUGCCCCCACCCAGCCAGUCUACCAGACCAGGCCUUCAGGCCUCAUUUGGCCCUUACUCAAUCACGCAGCUCAUAUCAGAGCCUGCCCUCCCUCUGUCUCCUCCCUUAUCAGCCUCCCUUCUCUCAGAGCAUGUGGAGAGAGAUAGGGAUGACCAAGGGCAGGACAGGUUCAGGGUGAGGGCUCUGUUUCACAACCAUGGCGACACAAGCACCAGAGGGACCUGUAUUACCCUGCAUGCAUUCAAGGAGACAGAGGAGCACAAAGCCUCUUGUGUCACAGAGCCUCCUCUAGGACUUUGCGUGAUAACUCUGACACUGCCCAGCGACUGGUUCAAAAAUCGACACACCAACCAAUCAAAUCAAGAUUUGGACAAGUGGAUCAGUAACAUUAAAUCCCGUCGGCGGGUUCAGAGGCGGGAGAAGGAUGGACAUCAUCAUAUACCAACGGGGCCCCGUGACAAACCAAUACAGCUGUACUACUCCUCAUUCAACACAAUGGACAACCGAAAGCUUACACAACCUGGAUGUGUAGAGGACAGAGUGGAUCAGUCUCAGAGGCAGCUGUUCCAUAUCAAAGCAGUGACCCUGAAGGAUGUGGAGGAGGAAGAGAAGGAAAAGGAGCAGAGUAGGACCAAAGAAGAAGUAGCCUGUUUGGACAUGCAGGAGGAGGAAGAGCUCAACUUGGACCCACAUGUCCUGAUUCGCUAUCACAGGGGACCAGUCCUGAUAGGACAGCCAAUCAGGGUGUCUGUGAAUCUGAGAGCUAACUUCAGCUCUGAAUUUGUUGUCAUCAGGCUGAAGGUGAAAAAGGGAUUGGUGUCGAUGGUGGCCCAGCAAACUCUGACCUCUGAACUGUGGGCAGUGACCCUGGAAAGAAGUCAAGGCUCAAAACAUGAUGUGGUGUCCAUCCUCUGCCACAAACACAGCACAAUCAAACACAUACACAAUCCAGCUGUCCUCCAACCAGUGGUGUGUCUAUCAGUUGAUGGCCUGAGACGAAGUUUUGGUGUUGCAAUGACUGUGUCAGCUAACUGGUGGGUGGAGUACUCUGCACGUAGUAACCCUACAUUGCCACAUGGGGCCGCAAUGAGUUUCUUCUCAUUCACUGAUCGACAGAUUUAUGGCAUUGCUCCCAUCACAGAGAGCAACACAAUCAUCAACACAGCAAUACUGACUAAUCAGCCAGUGUCUCUUCCUGUCAUUGUGCUGUCUAUAUGUCGUGAUGGGAAGGUGUCAGAUGUCACCUCUGCAGUCAUGUGUCACUCAACUAAUGAGAACAUUGUCAAGGUCUCCAGUGAUUGCUCCACCGUCUUUGUGGACGGCAGUGAAUCAGGUUUGGGCAACACCUGUGCAGUGGUGGAGUUUCUACUGGGCGCACUCAGUGGCUCUCUGUGUCUAGAGGUGUGGGCUCCUUCAGUGCCUCUGCGUGUCUCCUUGGCAGACCCCAUUCUUAAUGCCAUCAAUGGCUGGCACCACUUCACAGACAAAGGGUGUGUGCCAGUGUAUCAGCGCUCCUCAGUCCAGGUUCUGACUCAGUUCACGGCUCAGGACUCCCAGAGCAGAACCACACACCUCCUUGGCUCAACUGAUUGGUUUGUGGAUGUGACAGAGCUGGUCCUGAACUGGCUCAGAGUAGAGGACCCACGAGUGGCUUCUCUUGGCACCGAGAACAACCUGAUUGGUUUACGGCCUGGAAAGACAUCUCUCCAUGUCGUUUCUAAGCACUGGGAUGGUGUGUUGGGCAGCUGUGACAUCAGUGUUACCUCUGACACUGUUACCCCCGGUGACCUGUCUGUGCAGGUGGUCAGUGGCCUUGGCAUGUCAGUCAAGGCCAGCCCCACCCAUCCCUCUAUCAUCACAACAACAGUGACAGCCUACAAUGUCCUCUACAACUAUCACCAGGAGGCGUCCAUCAGCAUUUGGCUCCAGUUCAGUGAUGACACUGCCUCCCUCCUCUCCUCCUUCAGCGACCUUCCCUUUUUUUUGCACCUCUCCUCAUUGGCUGAAACCGUUGUCGGGGUGACGCCUGGCCCAAGCCAAUCCGUCUUCGCCCAGGGUGAUGGAGGAGGGCCUCUACUGCGUGCAGAGCUUCUGGUUUCAUCAUGUGUUGACCAGUCGAUCACUUCAAACUCUAUCACUGAGGGCCAAAUGGAUAUGACAGACACUAGAGGAGGGCGUGGGACAAAGAAGCUGGCUAGGGGAUCUGGUUGGAUAAGAGUUAACUUGGACUUGGGCUCCCUCCAGCCACUAGGAAACAAAUAUAAAGAAGAAGAGGAGUUUGACUUUGACAUUUCAGACAUGCUGGUCGAGUCAGACAGUGAUGUCUACUCAUCUAAUUUUGAUGAGGGUGGAGAAAAUGGAGAGAAUGAGAAUUUAAGCAUUGGAAAUGGAGGAAUGGUAAGUCGGAACAAUCUGGAAAGAGCUGUGCUGAUGCCAAGCCAGGAGGAGGGUACUGUGUAUUUCUCCCCGAGCCAGGAGAAAGCAGGAGAGAGAGAGGAGGAGGAUGAGCAGGGUGCUCGAGAGCUGGAGGUCGGCGUGGGCACCAUCCUUUCUCUGCUCUGUCUCUCUGCCGCCCUCUUCCUGGCAAACUGCCUCCCCUGCGCCCUCUGUGAAAAGAGGAGGAAAAUAGUAGAGAGGGAGAGAGAAGAACAACAACUUGAAGCAGGCACAAAGGAAGAAGAGGAGGAUGAAGAGGAGCAGAAGAAGAAAGAGGUAGACAGGAAGUUAGAGGACAGGAAGGAGACUGAAGGUGAAGACAAGCCAAAGCAGGAACAGGUGGAGGACAAUAAAGAAGAUGUGAAAGAAGUAGAGAUCGUUUGCUGA